GGCGCCGUGCGUCACUUCACCGCCGGGGUUCCAGGGCCACCCGGUGUCGGCCUCCAUGGAGGAGUUCCUCAUCUCGUCGGGCUGCGAAGCCGGGGACUCCGCGGGCUCCCACUCCUCGCCGAAGAUGCGGGCGGCGUGGGACACGCCGGGCACACGCAGCGUGCACGUCAUGAGCCUUGAGAGCGCCCCGGCAGACGGAGAGGUGACGGUUGACAUCAGCACCGAGGGUGGGGCCAGAGACUCGCUCCGGCCAAUGACACUCGUCCUGGCGUCGCCAGGUGACACCGCUUGGCGAAUCAAAACGGACGGCCUCACCGGGCUCCUCGACUGCAUUGUCCACGCCUCGGAGAGCGUGCAUGUGCAUGGGGCGUGCGUGCGCGUGUUUGAGCCCAGCCCUGUCGGCUCGGGCAAGGCCUUGCUGGACUGGAGUGUCAGACAUCUUGGUGCAGUCACAUCAUAUCGCCAUGCCGACCAGGCGAACCACUUCUACAUCCGGCUGAGUGCGGACCCCCCGCAGCUCGGCACGUGCUCGCCACGGGACGGCUUCCUCUCGCAGCGCUUCCUCGUCUCGCUGGAGAAGAGGCAGGAGGUCAGCGGCUGUCAGAGGUCGCCCAGGCCCCACACGGCACCCGACCUCCACCCCGGCCAGGAUGUCCACAUUGUGGAGGUGGAAGCACCAAGCAGCGGUCCUUUGACCGGCCUGCAGACGGACGUGCACGUGGAGGUGGACGUGGGGCCGCGUGGGGGCCAGGUGAUGCGGGAGGUCGUCUUGCUGCUGUACUGCCCGAUGCCUGUUAACUGGGUGAUCCACACCGCGGCUGGCCUGCCUCUGCUCACGGCACGCACGUCUGGCCGCGUCACCCACAAGCAGCUAAUGACGGUGCAGCGUAUACAAGGAGAGGAGCUCAUGGGCCCCAACCGCGACCUCAUUGGCUGGGCUCAGAGGCGGGGCCUGUCGCCCGUGGCAACCUACACGUUGGUCGCUCAGGCCAACCACAUCCGCCUGACCAUCCCUGCAGACCUGGAAUUGGCAGAUGUGCAGGUUGACAGAGUGCCUCUCCUCAAGUUCCAACCUCAAAAGGGAUUUAACAGAAACCCUCCACCCUCACCUGACCUCGAUGACCACACCCACAGCCCCGAUGGCGAAGGACUUCAAAUAAACAUCCCCGCCCACGCCUUCCCUGAUCUGGGAGACGUCAGGCUGUUUCCGUCCCAGCACGGCAAGGAGAUCUAUCCGUUGGAUGAGAAAAUGCUCUCCUCGUUCCCUUUGGGGCAAGAUAUUCUGUGGCCGGUGAACCCGUCGGAGAGAGACGGCUCUGACUCGGGAAACCCUCACAACCGUCCGCCGGGCCUGGGCAUGAAGCACGACAGCCACGGGGACGUGGUGCUGGAGAAGGAGGUGGAGAUGGGCGUGACCCUGCGCUGCCUGGAGACGAAGAUGACCGUGAGCGUGUGGAAGGAAGCGUCCAUUCUGGUGGGCGGCACUCCGCUGCGCCUGACGCUGCUGGACGAGCGGUGCGUGGCGAUGGAGAAUGAGACUCACUUCGUGCUGCACACAGACUACUACAACUGUAGCUCCAACUUCACCCUCAUGGACGGCCUCAUCUCCUACUCCAACCAGAUCCAAAUCAGGAUUAAUCCGGGCGACGUGCCCGAGUUUGAGGGCGAAGGAAUCCUGCGAACCGUCAACCUCAACUGCCCCCUACCUUUUAAUAAUUCGCCACCAAACCCGCACGGCGCUCUCGGUCACAUGGGAAUCAAUGAACAGACGGAGCCUGAAUUCUUGGACCGUUCGAUCUACUCGUUUGACCUGUUCAAGGACUCCGAGUUCAUGCAGCCCAUUACGGAUUUGGUGCAAACGGGAAGCGAUGUUUUUGUGAAGAUUUCCGCGCAGAUUCCGGGAGCGCAGAUUUUCGCGCAAGCGUGCUUCGUCUCGGAUUCCCGAAAACCUGCCGUGGGGUCACCAGCUUCAUCAGAAUCUGAGGAACCUGCACAGCUACCCCCAGAGGCCGACUCGCUGAUUGCCAACUUCUGUCCUGUGAACCCACGCGUGGAGCUUCUGAGGGUCGCCCCGGCCGGUGAAGAGGCGAGUAUGAGGUUCCGGUUCCCGCUGUCCCCUCGCUCGGACGCGCGUCUCCAGUACCUGCACUGCAACGUGUCCGUGUGCUUGUCCAUGAUGGAGGAGCUGCCACAGAUACGGUGCCCGGACGUGCCCGCGCGACCCUGCAUGAUCAACUUCCGCGGUCCGACCCUGCGACACGUCAUCGCAACCACCACCAGCCAGGAACAGCUGCGCAGUAACGCUCUGCGUGGCGUCGACACGCCGUCGGUGCUAGGAGUGGCGUUUGGCGCAUUCCUCAUCGGCGCUCUCCUCACCGCUGCGCUCUGGCUCAUCCACAGCCGGACUGGCUCUUUAGCCAUCGCGACGCGCGCCGGCCCCGCCGCCGCGUCCGUCACGACCACCCCGGAGGCGGCGCCCGCCCUGCUCCCCGGGGGAGACGCGGCGCGCGACUCGGACCCGCUCCCCGGCUCGGAAAACAGCACCACCACGCAGAGCCUGAGCAGCUGUGCCGACAGCGACAAGUAGAGGCGCCGGCCCCCCGGGGGGGGGGGUGCUGGGCGGAAAGCCUGCCAGGGUGGCCGCCUCCUCGGUUCAAAAAUACGUGCGUGUAAUAUUCUUAAUAAAAAAAAAACGUGGGAAGAAAUACCGCAAGAAGGGAAGAACUAUACACGUGAUCGUGUUGCCUUAGAGCGGCGUGUUAUUACGCAGACUGCCAAGAACCGGGAUGUUUACAAAUUUCCCAGGAUGGCUACCUCGACACGAGGAUGGACGAUUCUGAGAGCACCAGGAUAGGCGGCAACCCGAGCAGCAGUGGUGGGGGAGGGAGGGGGGGCAUUUAUCUGGCGAACCAGUCCUGGAGUUGGAUCACGCGGAACAACCGAAAUACAAUGCUGGCUAAUUGAGGUUGAGAUUUGAGUUGGGGGGGGGGGGGAGGCAGGGUGAGGGCAGGCCCAGCUCUAGGAACACGUAGCCGGCAACACCCCGUGCUCCAGUCGAUGCCCAGUGCAGCCAACCCCAGUGAGAUGAUUGUGCUUCACCAGGGGCUCUACCGGUGUCCAGUUCUGUCGCAAAGCCGAUUUCAAUUCAAAUUCGUUUCAGGAUUUGUAAUGAGAUGUGAAUCCAGUUGCCGUUUCCAUGUUAAUCAUCGUCAUCAUCGUCAUCGCCGCCAUCAUCUUGAUCAACAUCGUCGAUGUGAUGGCCGUUGUGAGAAGCUGGUGGUGCCAUCAAAUCGCCAGCAGAGUGGUUCGGAUUUUGCUGAAGCUUUGGGGGGUUAUGGCGUUGGCGUGAACUGAUGGGUUCACGUACAGCCUCGGGAGGGCCGUGGGAAGUUUUUUUCUUUUCCCCGGCCUGAAAAAAACCUUCUAGUGUCCCCCCCCAUACGGCCGCCUUGAUGGCGGGGACCAGUCCUCUUAGUCCGCAGAGAUGCAACGAGGGUAGUGGGCCCCCGUGAGUGAGAGCACCAACCUCUCUUCUUGGUCCCAUUCUCUCGCGGCCGUCUGGAGCACUUGUCUGCCAUUACAGCAAUGGUAGUUUCCCAUCGCCAGUCAGACCACCACCAUGCUCUUCUCAGUCGACCGAUCUGAAACUGUUAUUUUAUUUUCCGUAUAUUUAUUGAAAUAUUGCGACAAACUGCGAUCGUUAUUACAUUUUCUACUUUUGAAGCAGUUUGUUUUUUUAUCUGAAGAAAAAUUUAGGAACAGUUUUAAAUGUUGGUUCAAUGGAGACCUCGAGGAGAAAUCUGAUAAAGCUGCCAUAUUUUGCCACUUUUAUUCAUAGGACCUAUAUGUUUUUUUAUGCUGUACAAUUUUCCACAAAAGCUUUCAGUGUUUAUGCCCUUUUGAAACAGACCUCGAUUAUCGCAACUUUAGAUAUAAUGAAGGUCAUUCGAGUGUGGGGGGGGGGGGGAGAGCCAAAUGAUGCCUGCUCGUUGUUAUGCCAGUCAGGGGCCGACUCGACCCAUCGUAUAUAUGGGGGGGGGGGGGGGUUGGUAAAUUAAGCACCACUUUGUGGGAAGUCAACAGAGGUCAGACGGGAAAGACUUGCCCCCCCCCCCCCCCCCCCCCCGCCGCCUGCUUUACUCAAACAUGCGGAAAUCCCACCGCUGGCUCGGGGCCGCCAGGAAGUGACAAGCCGACCGGCCCGUGUGCUCGUUGGGAGCUGGGAGAGGCUCUUGACAAAUGGUUCUGUGGGGGAACCACGGCCUCUCUGAUCCCUGGCUACAGGAGACUCGGUGCUGGGCCCCGUGUGUUGACGACAAUAAAAUCUUUCCCCACCAACCCCACCGUCGCACUUCGAAAACACCGCCAGCGAUCACAACCCUUUGCCGCACCCACGUGGUAAUUUCGGUCCUUCGCCUAGAGUGUGGCCCCCUUCCUCCGUGUGGUGGGGCGCGUUGUUGCUUUCAUCGGACGCCGUGUUUAGAAUGGUCCUGCAAGCUUAUGCCGCCGAACGUCAGCCGGAGCGAAAGAACAAUAUCUGCGGUCGGUGUUAUGACCUCUUGUAAGCUCAAGGGUCGGGCAACCUGCGGCUCUAUACGGACUGCUCCGUGACGUAAUGUGUGUAGUACGUGUUCGCAUGCAUUGCGGCUUUGGAAAUAUUGAGUUUUGUACCGAAUUCGGAAAAUGGCUCUUCUUGUUGCUUUGGUUUGCCGACCCCUGUGUUGGCACAAUCGUCGUGGAGAAAUAGGUGCCAUUAAUAUUCAGUGGCGAUUGGACCAAUGACCCCUUAAAACUGAUAUCAGUGUCUCGCAGAACAUCCCCCCCUAACUGUGGGAGUAGCAAUGCAUUACCCCCCCCCCCCUCUCUUUCCCGCAUUUCAACUUCUGCUCUUCAUUGACCAGAAUAUUGCUCUAGCCAGAUGAAGUCCUUGGGCUGCAUGUUUGUGAACGGAGGACGUAACGCGACAAAACAUUUGGGUGCUCGCUUAUUUUGUUGCUAAAACUAAUUUGAUCCCCGGCAGCGUGGCAGUGGAAGAAAUCUGCUUCUGUGAAUUAAAACAAAAACAACAACAAACUCUCGAAUCGUGGCCAAUUGCUUCUCAGAUGGAGUGAGUUUGAAAUUCCCCAACGCGCGCAGACCUGCAUUGGCCUAAUAUGGCCGGCUUCCAGCAUGCAUUGUGCAUCGUGACAUAGAUGCAAUGCCAUGCCCCUCUCUACCUUUCAUGAAAGCUACGGCGGUCCCUCCGCAGUUGAAGUCGCUAAACGGCGCUAGGGCAGCACUCCUGAAAGCCACGUGCCUGCAACGUUCACUUCUUUUGUUCCCGUUUUAACGAAGCUUCAAACUUGUGUUGGACACACAGUCGAGGUAGUAAAACGACAGAAUAACAGUUAUAUUUCUUUUGGGUUGCGUCGGUGAUGGUUUAGGGCUUAGGCUCUAGGCAUGCACAUAAUACCGUAUUCCGAUAAUGAGUGGGCGCAUUGAAUCACUGCAAACAUUGUUGCGUUUAGCCCUGACGUGUUGUUUGACAUCGAACCUCGUGUCCUGAAAUCUGUCCAUUUGUCCUGACACGUUCUUAUGUCCUGCCAUGCAUCUCGACGUCCCUUUCCACUGCCGCGUGUUUCUACGUUUUAAAUGAAACUUGGCCCUCUUCUGUGACAAGUGUUUCCCUGUGCCCCAAUAUAGGUCCCGAUAGUUGGGUGUGUUUCUAUGAAUAGAGUUGGCCAGUCGAAGCUGUUUAUUUUUUAUGACAAUCGUUGACUUCAGAAUGAGAUUGCUACCGAGUCGACAUUUUUGUAAAAUAUCACUGUCCGUAAUUAAAAGCCGCCAGCCAUGCAGCGUGUAAUAAUCGCGAGACCCUCUUUUUAAACGCGCCACUGCCAUGCUCCUUGGGAUGGGGGCAGCGCCAUUAUCGGCCACGAGAGAGGCGAACGCUCUUCUCCCGCGUCACUACAAUUGGAAAGGAUUUGUGGGAUUUAAAAAAAAAUGAACGAUUGUACCUUCAGCUCCGCUUGCGUUAUUUCGCCGUAGGUGAACAUUUUUUUCUCGGUCGGGCUGUGAAGUUAUGCGUUACAGUAUUUCGCAUAUCAAGUUAUAUAUCCACAUUGUAUAGCAUGGACGAAUGUAUAGGAAGUAUGUGUGUGUUUUUUUGUUGUAAAUAUUGCUCUUAUAAAGGAUAAGGAUAUAUUAGUCGAUACGUAGUACGCCAACUCAUGCAUGGUCCCACUAUAUUAAUGGGCCCCCACAUGGCCUCCGUAUGCGUCGUUCGUGGCAGAUGUUGGCAAAGCGAGCCGUCCACUCGAAUGUCCGUGGAGUUCGGGGAGGGGGAGAAUUCGGGGCGUAGGCUUCCAUGACCGAUGGGACAUCAUUUCUAUUGGGUUCGAUCGCGUACGUAAAACGGCCAUAUUUUUAACUGUAACAAUUGUUUAACGAUAGCAGUAGCUCUGCCGUUCGAACGGAGCUUUUUAUUCAAGUCCAGGUGAUGCUGGUUGUAAUCUCCAGCGAAACAUCGGGGCAAAGUCGCCAAGUUGUGUAUCUGUUGAACUUCUUUCGCACCGUACGUAGUCAACCAUGCGAAUCGGGGGUGCGGGGGAAGGACAACAAACAAAAUACAGAAAAAGCCGUUCGAAAGAAAUUCGUUUUCAAUGAAGUUGUGCUUGCUUGUCAACAUUACGGUUUUGCCCACGUGAAAACUUUAUUCAAUUGGCUCUGUCAGAUGGGGGCGGGGGGGUUAUAAUUGUAAGAAAAUUGGCGUCAUACACUACACGACGAUCUGAACAAACGUAAACUAAUUAUGAAUUCGAGUUUGGGAGACUGCUUUCCACUCCUGGAUGCACACAGCGCGAGUCGGCUGUCCUCGCCAAAAUAAAACAUCUCCACAAUGUCUCAACAUGUUGAGUGAUUGCCACGGGGUGGGUCUCGUCUAAGUAUUGCUGUGUUCCGAUGGCUGUAGCCGCAUGUGUGAGGGUUCAAAUCCUGGUCAAUGGACAACACGGUUCCAUCUUCCCUCUUGGGUUCAGAACCAUUACCUACUAUAAUCACCCAGAAAUGUCUGUCCGUCCCGCGCGUGACGUCACUCCUCAUGAGGCCCACCCCUCUGCGUGACGUGACUCCGGAUUCCCACUCCCCCUCAUUAAUAUUCAUGAGUGGGUGCAUUUUUACACUAACGCAGAGAAAGGUCGAGCUUGACGUCACUCCACAUGCCGCACCCCUCCCCAAUAACCAUUAGCGGGUGACGUCACUCCACAUGGGGCAAUUAAUAAUCAUGAUCUGAACAAUUUUUCGAUUGAAUAUUUCAGAUUUACUUUCGAAUAACCCCGUCCUUGGACGGGCAAAAAAAGCUCGUUUUAUCAGAAUGACAACAAGAAUAAUAAUAAACAAUUUCCAUCCAGAACUCGUAAGCGCGGAGCCAGAGCUCAAUUCCUAUUGCACGCCACCAGCCUGGACAGGCGAGAGCCUGAACAGACAUAAUGCCUCCUUUCAUAUUUCUGUCUCUCCAAAUUAAAAAAAUAGCAGUUAAUUUUACACAACCCAUCGGGCAGACGGCCUUGUGGGAAGUGCAUCAUUUCAGCAGUAUUGAUUCAAUGCAAGCAACCUCUGGACUGGUUCCGAUACGCAGUGUCUCGUCGCCAGAGUCAUCGGGACUGCAUGCAUCAAUGAUGGCGAGAACUGCCAAGUACAGUUACGUUACUACAUAACGCUUGUCAGGUCACAGUUGCUACAGGAAGGAUGCCGUAGGAAGUCCAUGUCACAUUACUGUCAUCGCCUGACAAUUGUCAUCACGAAAUAAAAAAUUGUUCUUCCUUUUUAUACCUACCCAACAAAACUUAUCUAAUUGAUCGCCUCUCAAACAUCAGUUCGCCUCGGUCAACAAAUACUGCUGGUUUAACCAGAUUCUGCCAAUUGAAUAACCUGAUCAUCAGAACGCAUUUUUAUAUAAUUCUCAUGGGACCCCCAUGACAUUAAGUGCAGUGUCCAACUCUUAUUCUCCACUGUCUAUCUGGCCCUGUCAAUUCAUCUGCUAUGAAGACGGGACAAUUGUGAAAACGUCGCCUUAUUAUUUCUAUUGGAGACGGUACCCUCUCCAAACAAGCACGCUGCCUCGGCCACGACAAAAAUAAGUAAUAUUAAAAAGACAGUUUUUUUAAACACGCUUUAAUGAAAUGUACCGUACUAAUAAUGGAAGAACUCCACGACUCCAGGAAGUGGCCCCGAGGCUUGCCAUAACGUAAGCCAACGUCAGUUGAGCGUGGACAAUUAGACCCAAGCCGAAACAUAACAUAUAAAAAAUAUGUUUAAAAAUAUGUUUUUUUUAUGAAAGAAUAUAGUAUUGUCAUCAGUAUGACAUAAGUAUACCAAGUUUGCAGUUGAUACCACAUUGGGAAGUGGGUUAAAAUUGAGUUACAAGAUUUAAGGAUAUGACAACAACAACAGACGGAGUGAGUUAAUAAAAAGCGUGUAAAUAAAAAAAACCACGCUCGCAAAAUGAACCACGUUUCUCCGCAACCGCUGACAACACAACAACACACAACACCAAAAAACUCCGUAAAAACGGCGGAGCGAUUCGCUUGGCCCUGUAAUCGGCGCUGAGAGUCACCACGUCCGCUGUCGCUCUUGUCAAGUCCGCCGCCGCGUUGUGGUUUGAGUGCGGCGAGUGCCAACUCGCGUUCGGGGUUGCGGAUUGAGGUAGCGAAGGGCAGAGGUCACAACCGGGUACCCGAUACCCGUACCCUACCCGAUACCCGGCUACCCGUAUCCGGCCGUACCCGUUUGCGACCCUGGUGCGGCCGGAUACGGCUACGGGUAGGCCGUGAGUCACUGGUGAGUAACCGUUUGUCAUUCAUUUCCCAACGUCUUGUCUCUUCUCACAAUUCAAGUUCCUAGAAUCAACCCACCCGCGCCUGCAACAUGGCUUCAUUCCAGAGGUCGCAAUCAGGUACCCGAUACCCUACCCGUACCCGGCCGGGUACGGGUACGACCGGGUACGGGUACCCGUUUGCGACCCUGGUGCGGUCGGGUACGGGUAAUGAAUCAAAACCCGUUUGCGACAUCUGGUGAGGGGGCCCUCUGUGCCCUCUUUCCCCCCCCCCCCGAGUCGAAGGAGACCCCCCCCCACGCCCCCCCCUUGACACACACGGCCCAGACUCCCAACGAUGAAGUGAAGGUUUAUUUUAUAUUAAAAGAAAACUCGAGCUCGCGCGUGCGGCUGCAGGUUUUUUUUGUUUGUUUAUGAAACUGCAUGUACAUGAAUAACUAACCCGAUGUUAUACUUUCAUCUAUAUAGCACUUCCUCGUACCAUAUACUGCGUAUGUUUACAAUGUGAAGUCUUUCUUAAUCUUUGGUCGGAAAAAAGCAACUGGGUUCUCGGGAACUGUUGAAACUUGUUUUGAGAGCCUGCGAAUUGUAUUUUUAUUGUCUGAUGUCUGUUAUUUAAUGCGAUUUAUAUUUUAUAUCCAAAUGAGAGAUGUAACGAUUUUUCUUGUAUUGUGUGUGUGUGCAACACUAAAACUCACAAGGGCCCUGGUUUCAUCUUGCCAAAAAGUCUAGUCACAAAAGACUUAACCACAUGUACAAGCAACAGCGUAGUAUUUUUUGUUGUUGCGGUGGUUCGCGCACUGCGCUACGAUCCUGAUGAUCCGGUUUCGAUUCCUGACUGCGAUGCACGUGCGUUGUGGCUGGUGGUCCGAUCCUGCCGAGUACGUCCUUGGGGAUGUAGUUCGUUUGGCCUAAACAUUUGUACCAGGCGUAAUGGUGUGGUCCACUCAUUGGCAAUGGGAAAAGGUAGCGGAGCGUUUCAUGCUACUGACCCUUUAAAAGAUGAUCACUAACAGUACCUGGCCAACGAAUUUCUAAUACGUACCUUGUUUCCAUGAGAGUUAGUCUCAUUUCUUCCAGAACUCCAGUUGUGUUGAAGGGCAUAUCUGGUUGAAGGACAACUCUGGUCGGCUAAAAUAUAGUUAUCUCCCAUUGUCUGCUGAGUUACUUGAGUUAUUGCGUAGAGUUGGGCCGUUUUUUUCCAGAAAAAUAAAACGCAUACAAUUCCAUCCUGACAUACACGAGUCGAGCACGGUGAUGACAACAUUUUAAUGUAACGUCAAAAUGUUCCCACCACCUGCAAUCUGUUUUUUAUUGGAACAACGCGUUUCGGUUCUUACAUUUCUGCAGAGCCUGUAUUCUGGCAGUAGGGGGAUUUGGGUGAUCCCCCCACGAAAGCCAAAUCCGUCCCAGAGAAUCCCAAGCCGUAGCCCUAACCACCAUGGGCCACUCGAGUUGGCGAAAUAAUAUGGGAAGGGGUUGGCGGGGAUGACAAUUUCGAGUUCAAACGCGAGUUCGUGUGGCUCAUGGAAACUCGGUAUAAGUCAAACAGCCGAUACGGAUCUCGACACAUGAGGAUCUCGGUCUUUUUGUGUUUUUGAAAUGUUUUUCACGAAAGAGAGAUUGAAUUGAAUUAAAUGAUGACGUCACCCUGAUACUGCUCUAUUUAAGACCGGAAGCAACAGGAGAGCUUCACCAUUCUUGCCCGAUGAAGCUGAUUGUAAUUAUCAGCGAAACGUCGCACUACUCAAAUUUAAAAAUGCUGUUGAAUCUCUCUUCAGCACACCGGUAGGCUAAAGAAGUGAAUUAUUUUGUCCUUUGAAAACGUGACACAUUUUUUACUGAUUGGCCGUGUCGGGUGGUGGAGGGUUACGACACAUUUAUAAAUAACGCGAUCUGACCCAAAAAAAAACCUAUAUUAUGGACGAAAGAGCUGUUUGUACAAAUGGUGCCGUCCCGUGUUUUGUGAGCUCGUGUUGCCCUCGUGGCGUGGUGUGGAGGUGUGCGUGCGUGCCUGCGUGCGUGCGGAUGUUGCCCAUGUGCGUUCUUUGCCGAGCCGUGCGUGCGACUGCGUCUAAGUCCUGAGAAUCCACGUGUGCUUUUGACGACCCUUGCUCGCAGCCUAACAAUGCAUAUUAAACACAUAAAGGAUUCUUGUUUUUCAUACAGUACAAAAGUUACAAAUCAUUUACGUGUUAUAUUAAUAUUGUGUUCUGUAUAAUUGAUUAUAAUACAAAUAAUAUAUAUUUUAUACGUUUUACGAAAUGUAAUUUCACAAAAUAAAGUCAAGCAAAUGUG